UUUCAGUCUUGCGAAAUCUUCGGCACGUUUCUGGUGUUAAGUGUUAGAAUUUUUUUUUUCUCCCCUACAUCUUCAUUUCAAUAAGCACAAGUAUUAAUUAAUUUCAAUUGUCCACAUAUAAUACCGUAUAUAUUCUUGAAAAAAAAAAGCUAUUCGCGGUCAUAAAGGAGAGACUUUUAGAAAGGAAUAAUGAUGUUAAAACAACUGGUAAUGUCGAUUUGUCUUGCGCUAAUAUUUGCUGUUGUGCCUCAUCGGGCUGUCAAAACCGACCUUAAGUUUUAUCUCUCAAAUUCAAAAGGGUUAGACUAUCAGUUCGCUGGAAAACAGGACGCACACAGAUUUGGAGUGGAGUUAAAGGAGAACAAGCAGUUCCAUCAUACGAUAACAGCCGAAGACGGUGUUCGAUUAGGCUGUUAUGGAUUUGAAUUGGAAGGCAAGAAAUACAGCACAAAUUAUAUAGCAGACGGAAAAGGAUAUAGAUUAGCAUCGACAGAUACGGACUUGAUAACUGUAUAUAGUAAAGGUAGUUCAGAAGCCAGAAUCGCGUCAUUCGUUGAAUCAUUUAAUGAAGAGGAAUUAAAGGCUGCAAACAUUCGCUACUUGUUUCCAGAUGGCUGUCAAGCGCCGACAAUUCUUUAUGAUCCCAAUAAUCCAUCAACAAAAUAUGAGAAUAGACAGAAGUUGUUUGAGUCGCUCAUUGAAAAAGCUCAAAAGGCCAGAAAUGAAGAAAAAGAUAAAAUUGACAGAAGUGUCGCGUCAAGAGCUCUUAAAACACAAGAUGUUGAUGAUCGUAACAAAAAUGGAAAUAAAACUAGCAAUAAUAGCACCAAUAGCACCAACAAUAACGGCAACGGCUAUGGCAACAACAACAAGCAUAAUACUAUUAAUAAUCUUAACAAUCUUAACAGCAGAAACAAUAAUAAUGGUUAUAACUAUGAAGCUAAUAAAAAUCCCAGAGGCUCAGAUUUCGAAUGCUGCAAUAAUGAACGUAUCCAAAUCAUUUUACCCAAAAACGAUUCUUGUUCGCAGAACACUGCAAAACUCAUCAUUCCACUUAAUUCCGAGAAGCUCUCAAGUAUUCCUAUCACUGAAUUCAUAAAUCUUCAUUCAUCACCAUCGAUUUCAUUUAUAUUGAAAGAAUUGCAGUACCUCGUUCAGAAAUAUAAUCUGUGAAAUAAUGAUUUUGUAUAAAUAUUUUAAGAAUAAAUUGAUUUUGUGAAUCAUCAG